CCAACUGCCCACUCGCCGGACAAGGACCUACUCUGCGACGGUGAGGGCCUCCCAGGGCCCGGUCUACAAAGGAGUCUGCAAAUGCUUCUGUCGAUCCAAGGGCCACGGCUUCAUCACCCCAGCGGACGGCGGCCCCGAUAUCUUCUUGCACAUCUCUGAUGUGGAAGGGGAGUACGUCCCGGUGGAAGGUGACGAGGUCACCUAUAAGAUGUGCUCCAUCCCACCCAAGCACGAGAAGCUGCAGGCUGUGGAGGUGGUCAUCACCCACCUGGCGCCGGGCACCAAGCACGAGACCUGGUCUGGCCACGUCAUCAGCUCCUAGGAGAGGCCAGAAGCACUCCUUCUCCUGGGCUUGGGGGAGACUUUGGGGGGAGGAGGAGGCAGGACCCUACCGGACAUGACAUUGCACUGCCCGAGAUACACCUCAAAGUGGGGGAGUGUGGUUCCUUUCAAGUGUCUCCUGGAGGAAGGGUGUCGGGCAGGCACAGGGGUGUCCUGGCCACCAGCACAGUCUCUGACCAUCACAAGAACUUCACCAUCUGAAAAGUAUUAAAAGCAUUGAACAAGGCAAA